AGAACCUAGCAACCGCGCAGGUUCCUCGGCUGAUUCCGUUAUGGCGGCUGCCGCCCUGGGAGAAAUGAGAGCGGCCGUGUCAGCGAGCCUGCUGUCGAGGCUGGGUAUCCGGGUCCCCGGCGGGCUGGCGGGGCCGCUCGUGCUGGCGCUCCUGCUGGCUUCUGCCGCGUCCACUGGAACAGAUCCACUUGGCCAAACUGUACAAAAUACAGAAACAGGUUCUUCAAACGUGACUCUUGUGUCACAGAAAAACCAAACCAAACUUUCUGCUUUUCAAAUCAGUGCCACUCUCCCUCCCACAACUAGUACCGGGAAAAGUAGAGGAACAUCUGUCGCUCCCCGGCCCUCACCCACCACCUCGGUGUCCCAAGAGGAGGCUGAGAACAAUGAACAUCCUAGCAUGGAGGAGGAGGAUCUUCUCACAUUGAAUAGUUCUCCAUCCACAGCCAAAGACUCAAUGGACAAUGGAGAUUAUGGAGAACCUGACUAUGACUGGACCACCAGCCCCCGGGACGAUGAGCCUGAUGAGACUUUGGAAGAAAACAGGAGUUAUAUGGAAAUUGAACAGUCAGUGAAAUCUUUCAAGGCCCCGUCCUCAGAAGUAGAAGAGGAAGAUAGCCACUUCUUUUUCCACCUUAUUAUUUUCGCUUUUUGUAUUGCUGUUGUUUAUGUUACAUAUCACAACAAAAGGAAGAUUUACCUUCUAGUUCAAAGCAGGAAAUGGCGGGAUGGCCUUUGUUCCAAAACCGUGGAAUAUCAUCGUCUAGACCAGAAUGUUAAUGAGGCUAUGCCUUCUCUAAAGAUUACCAAUGAUUAUAUUUUUUAAAGCACUGUGACUUGAGUUAGCUUAUUAUGUCAUUUUAUUUGCUUGACUUUUUAUAUAUGAUAUUGUGCAGAUGUUUGCCACAGGCAUUUGGUACUUAAAUGAGAGGUAGAUCUCUCUUUUGCCUUGGUGCUUUGGAAAUUAAAUGUCACAAAGAGUAUACACUUUUGUAUCUAUACUUUUAGAGCUGAAUUAAUCAGGUGUCCAAACUAUGAGUUAAGCAUCACCUUAUAUUUACAGUUUUUAUUUUUUUCAUUUAUUGUUCUUCUGGAACUAAUACUACUUGUAAAAGAUCCCAAACUUAAAAAAGAAUUCUAACAUAUCUAAUACUGCUGAUUCAGAUCUCCUCUUUGCCAUCCAAAUGCUAUUUUUUAAAGCACUUAUUUCUUAUUGGUCCCACACUGUUAAGUACUAGGGUAUUAUGUGUGAUAAUGUUUUGCAUUAAAGUAACACUUGUUUUUCUCUCAAGAGAACUUCUCUGCAUAUUUUUAGGCAAUUAAAUCACAAGACAGUGAUCCUAUUCAAUCUGAUCACAGUUUUAGGCAACUCAUUAAAUACAUCAGAAUGUAAUUUGCAAUGAACAUACGAUAAAAUGUCAUAUAGAUAGUUUUUGGUUUGAAAUACUGAGUUAAAUUUAGAGGUAGAAACUGUGAUAAAGAACUAAAUGUGUGAAGUUAAUUUUAGCGGUUCAUUGUAGCACUGGUCCCAAGGUUUCAGGCAACAGGAAGAGUUAUAUUUGUUCACUUUCUUAUUGUAUAAUGUUUGGAUAAAUCAUAUAGGUCAUUAUCAUUUAAAUAAUAUUAUAUGCAGGUCUUUGAAAUUAAAAUUACUGGAAGUUGUUUGUAUACUUAAAGGAUAUAGGUAUGUAUAUACAUUGUACAUGUAUGUAUGCAUUGUAUAUACAUAUGUAUGUACAAUGACCUUCCCAUGCCCUGUCUUAUUUGUUGUUUACAGCAACUGGAAAUUAUUUACUGUAUUUCAUCUUAGUUUGUGUUUCUAUCAUAAAGGAUUGAUCAGUAUGUAAAUAUGUGAUUUGAACCCUGUUGUCAUGGAAACCUAAUCUUGACUGAGUGCUAACCAAAGCCCAAGUGAGCCAGUGGUCACAGCUUUGGGUAGAGCUGGAGAGGCAGUGCUGACCACCCUCCUCUCCGGUGGACAAGUGACUCUCAAUAAGGAAAGCACAAUGGAUAUACACCUGAACUGUUUUAUUGCAGUUUUUUCAUAUCUGAAAUUGUAUUAUUUAAUAUUUUGAAUAAGAUUUUAAAAAAUAAAUGGCAAAGGUAUAAAUCAA